AUGAAUUAUUUAAUCCCCGUGCUUUGGUGCAUCAUCCUUAGCUGCUUUGCAAGAGGACAAGAAUCCGCUACAAAUUUUUAUAAAUUUGUAGACUCCUCCGCGUCGUCCACGUACAUUUCAGAGGAAUCUGGAAGUUCGCUUUAUGAUGCGAAAAGGGCUAUACAGAACAACCCCAGUUACUGGUGCAGUUCCGGGAAUCACACAAAGGAUGAAGAAAUCAACUGGACUGGUUAUUUAAAUACAAAAGGGUUCAUAAAAGGAGUGAAAAUAUCGUGGGAAUACAGCCCAGAAUUAGUAAGCAUAUCUGUGUCUAGUGAUGGGGGAAAUUAUAAGAAUGUAAUACCUUAUAGGAGAAUUUCUGGAAAUGAAGCUUCUUUUGAUGAAAUCUACUUUUUUAAAAAAUUAGAAGAAGUAGCAUCGGUAAGAAUUGGAUUAAAAAACGCUGUUCACAAAUAUUUCGGAAUAAGAGAAGUGAAGAUCAUAGGAGGAGGGAAUCCAUACUUUCUGCUACUAUCAGGAAUUACAAGUGAUAAUGAAAUGUGUUUACAAGUAGAGGAAGGAUUAGUAAAUAAUGAUAAUACUUCGGUUAUAUUAGAUUCAUGUAUAAAUGCCUUAGCAAGCGGGGACGGCAGAGAAUUAUGGAAGACAAAUUCUAACAACCAAAUAAUUAGUGCCUUUAGUUAUCCCCCCAAAUGUUUAUCUGUUAUUAAUUUGGACAAUUUAGAAAAGAAUAAAAUUGUUUUAUACGACUGUUUAAGAGCUUUGGAAGAUGGAGAUGGAAAGUCUAAUUGGAUAUUUGAAUCUAAUUCACAAAUUCGAUUGCAAAGAAGUGGUGAGCCUUUAUGUAUUUCUCAGAAACAUAUAUACGGAAAUGUUCCUGGAAUUCAUGAUAUUCUACUCAACAUGGAUGUUACGGUUGAUGCUAAUUCGACUUUGGAUGAUGAUCAUAAUGCAGAUAACACGAUAGAUGGGAACUUGAAUAGUUACUGGGCUUCGGCCACAUUUGCGGAUAAUUACGAGCACGUGGUUCAUCUGAUCCUAGAUUUAAACAAAUACGUAGAAAUAUCCAGAGUAAAAGUGUCUUGGGAAUAUCCCCCUUUGCAUUAUAGCAUAAGUGCCAGUAUAGACAACCAGGAAUAUAAAGUCAUUGCUGAGAAUUUAGCGAACCCUAGCUUUGUAACAAUAGAUACAUUGAAAAAUGUAGAAACGAGGUAUAUCAAGAUAUCAAUGAUGAAGCCUCAUCCAAAGCAUGGAGAAAUGGGGGAUCAAUUUUUGUAUGGAAUUAGGUCCAUAGAAGUUCAGGCCAAUAAUUUAGAAAGUAUUAUAGGCCAUUGCAGAGAUGCAGCUAAUUCAGAUGACGCUAGAGAUAAAUACUUUGUUGAAUAUAUAACCGAAUUUGACCAAGACUUAACUAACAAAUUGAUUAACCUCGAAGAUGAUGUGUCGAAAAAUGUAAACUCUAUCAGUGAUAAUUUAUCAAAACUGGAAGAACUGUUACCUAAUAUUGAAACGUGCGUACAGGAAAAGAAAGAGUAUGAUGAAGAAUUGAAAGAGUCCAAGGAGAAGGCAAAUGAAUUAAAUGAAAAGCUGUCCUCCCUAGUGUCAGUAAAUUCAAUUCAUGAUAACGAUUUACUACGAUUAGAUAUACUUCCAGGUGAUUCGUCUUCCUACCCAGCUAGUGAUUGUUCCGUAAUUAAGAAUGUUCAAGAUAUUCCGCAAUCAGGAUUUUACUGGAUAAAGCCAAAGUGUGCCCCUGAACCGUUGAGAGUAUAUUGCGACAUGGUGUCUAGUACAUCCCUGUACGUAUGGAAUGGUAAUCCACCUAAACCUAGCGAUCAUGUAAUUAGCAAUAUUAUAAAUUCGGUGGAAGAUAUAAGGCAACACUGUGCUGAAGUAGGGUUAGAGCCUCUAAUUCUAAGGUCCAGAAGCCAAUUAAAUAGCUUAAUUUUGUGUUUAAAGAAAAUGGGAUACACAUUGAAUGGGAAAAACAACAUUCCUCUUGCUUAUGACUAUUCUUGUGAUCAUGGCAGCUGCAGCGGCAAGUUUCACGAUUUGGUAAACGGCAACAUAGAUUUAACGACGCUAAUUUAUUUAAAAGCAUCUGAAUCUCCGGAUAGCACAAAAGUGAGACAAACUGCUGGAAUAUCAUACGAUGAUGGAUCUUUCAAAUUUUUUAAUUUAGAAACAUCUGAUAUAUCUGCCAUAGUUUGCUCUACGAAUUCGACAGAGAACGAUUCUGCGUUACAAUAUUUGAGCAUAAAUUGUGAAACGACGGCACUUGAGGAUUAUUUCAACUCAAUCUUGAAUACUAAUGUGGUUGUACUGUGUCCUUUAGGUUGUGCUAGUGAAAAUUUUAAAAACAAUGCGGUGUAUGGAAGUAGAGGAAUAUAUGCAGAUAAUAGCUCCAUUUGCAGAGCGGCGAUACACGCUGGGGUGGUGGACAAUAAGGGAGGCCUAAUCAAUGUUACCAUCGAAUCUGGAAUGGAUCGCUACGAAGGUUCCAUUAGUAAUAAUGUAGAAUCUAUUUCCUUAAAUAAAGACCCAGCAGGGGGGUUAUUAGAUAUAAUCACUAAAGAUAGGGAAGAAGAUAUUAAGGAAGAGAGCAGCAUUUUUCAUCACAGGACAAUACGAAUUGGUAAUUUAUCCGCUGAGUGUCCUAUGGAUCUGUUUCAAUAUAAGCAAACGUCCUUUCUUCAAAAGGGAGACACAACGAAGGAGAGAAAGGAUAUUCCAUACAGUGAAGAUGAAAGUAGAGAUAGUAUCAUUUUUCACGAGUUAAUUACGGACCUAUUAAGCAACAUUGAUGCUAUUCAUGGAGUUGACCCCUCAGUAAUUUCCAUCGUCCAAGAUGAGACAGUAAGGGUGAUAGAAAAGUCUAAGAAGGAAUUAAGACCAGCUGAUUUGUUAUCCAAGAAACAAAUUGACGAUGCUAUCAAUUUGUACAAUAUCACAGAAAAUUUAGCUUUAUACCUAUACGAUUUGUCAGGAAAAUACAUGUACGACUUGGAAAGGUUGAAGGAAAGUUUAGAUGAAUUAAAAAAAGAACAGAAAGUUGCUCUUAACUUUGGUACUUUCAAAUUGAAUUAUGAGACUAUGAAUUUUUCUUCGCACUUCCAAACUUUUGAUUCGAAAUUAACAAAGAAUGUGUCAAGCAAUUGGGGGUAUGCAGAUACGGAUAUAGCAGGACACAAAAAUAGUAUUGGCCAAACGAGCAGCAUCUUAAACAGAGAAAUAGGGGAAGGAUAUUAUGCUACAUUGAAAGGACUAAAUUAUUACGACUUUGAAAUAAAGGUAAGUAUGUUGAGUAGGGGAACUGGGUGCUCAGGUAUUGUCUUUAGAGCCAAGGACGAUUUUAAUUUUUACCUAUUUGAUGUGUGUGAUAGGGAAGGUAUGAAAAGAUUGUCUAAGGUAGAAAAUGGAAACGUGGAAAUUUUGAAUGAAAAUUUAACAGAAGUUAAUACAAAUAAUAGGUGGAAUAAGUACAAAAUUGUGACCAGUCAUGCGAAUAUUGAUAUUUACGAGGUUCAUGAGAAUUCAAAUGAAACUAAGAUCCUGAGUUCUCUAGAUGAAAGAUUUCUCUCUGGAACUAUCGGUUUGUAUUCGCAAAUUAAUGGACAGGGUUCUUUCUUCGAUAAUUUAGAGGUCAUAGCUCGACCAUGUUCAGAAUUGUCCACAAGGGGGACAAACAAAAAGCAGAGGGAAAUAUCCAGCUGCCCCUACUACAAGGAAAACUACCUAAGCGAAACGUUGCCGUAUAGCUUUAUUAAUGAUGUGGAUUAUGAGUGCAGUUAUACAAGAGGGGGCGACCAAGAUGACCACCAAGAUGAUGACCACGUUGUCGGCAACUACAAUGAGCACCUGUUAUGCUCAAAAAUGGUAAGAGACAGCGGCGAUUCCAGUGAACAGACCUAUAACACCAUAGCACUUUUAAAACAGAGAAAAUGCUCUGAUGGGUACUUUACCCUGGAUGUGAAUUUCUCCAAUGAUGAGAAUAACGAAAGUGAUAAUGAUGAAUUCGUAAAAAUUCUAUUCAAUUUUGUAAACGAACAAAACUACAAUGCGUUAGAGAUGACAAGUGAUGGUGUCAGGAUAGUGAAUCACAGAAAUAACAAGUCAGUAACAUUAGCCGAAUUAACCGAUAGCGAAAGAAUUAAAAAGGUGUUGACCCCAAAUGAGUGGAUUAAUAUAAAAUUACAUUUCCACAAAGCAAAGGUCACGGCCGUCAUAAAUAAUAAAGAAGAAGAAAUAAAACUGGACACAGAUAUUGCUGAUGUAGAUAUGAUUCGUUCAGGACAAGUUGGGUUCUGGGUACACAAUUUUAGUGAAGUGAAAUUUGCUUCGAUUGUUCUUUCAUCUGCUAUGUCAAAUAAUGAUGGAAAUUUUAUUCAAACGAAAUCCAAAGCAUGGGGAACUUGCGAAGAUUCUGUACACGUAUUAAAUAGAAGGGCUUCAUGUCAAACGGAUAUAUUCCCAAAUGAGACGAAGGAGAAACAUAUUAAUUGUAUUAAAAAUUUUUGUGAAGAAUGCUGUUUAUAUCAUACACAAAUGCUAGAUAGUAAUGAGAAAAAGCAAUGCGAAAAGCACUGUAAAAAAAAUGACCAAUUAGCUGUUAAGAUGCAGACACUGUUUGAAAAAUUUUUAAAUAAAUGUGUUUCGUUGGAGGAAAAUAAAGACUACAAACAGUGUGCAGAAAAUGAUACCGAAUGUAGAAAUAAGGUUUGUGUACUUUGCUGUAAAAGGAAGGAUUCGGAAAGCUCUAAGGCUUUGAAGGGAUUAUCUCUGCAGAAGUCAAAGGAUAUACAGCAAAAGGAAGUAAUCGAGUGUCAAUUUCAGUGCAACCGGGCCCAUGCGCGAGGUGAACAAGUGCUAAAGUAG